UUGCCCACACGAAAAAGGAGGAGCUGAUGGUUUUGACCAUUUCAGAGAUAGUCUCGGAACUGUUGAAGGCCGUGAAGGAAAAGAAGGAUGUUAACUUAAACAAGUUAAAAUGCGCUGUCUCAAGGAAGUAUGGCCUGACGUCACAACCCCGAUUGGUAGACAUAAUUGCUGCUGUGCCACCUCAACAUAGAGAUACCCUUGUCCCCAAGCUUAAGGCCAAGCCUGUGCGUUCAGCCAGUGGCCCCUCUGGCUUAGAUUGUUGUCGUUGCGGUUAUGUGCAAACCCCACAGAUGUCCCCACAUUGCAAUGACGGGCAAUGUCUGCGUCUCCACCAACUCGGGCAUUUCUGUGACAAGGUUGAAUUCAUCGUCAUGGGCGGCACUUUUAUGUCGCUGGCGGAGGAAUAUCGUGAUUACUUCAUCAGGAAUCUUCAUGAUGCCCUCUCUGGACACGUGAGCAGUAAUGUCUCCGAGGCUGUAUACUACUCAGAGCGAAGCAAAAUCAAGUGCAUAGGUAUAACUAUUGAAACUAGACCUGACUACUGCCUGAAAAAACACUUGGGGGGUCAUACGGUUAACGCUGUCACAGAGUGCUUUCAACUUUCCAAGGACGCCGGUUUCAAGGUGAUCUCGCACAUGAUGCCCGACCUGCCUAAUGUAGGCUGGGAGCGUGAUCUGGCCCAGUUCUCAGAGUACUUUGAGAAUCCCGCCUUCCGAGACAUCCCAAUGCCACUGGUAACUAGUGGAGUUGAACACGGAAACCUGCGAGAGCGAGCACUCGCCCGGAUGGAGGAAUUGGGAGCAAAAUGCCGCGACGUGCGCACACGAGAAGUCGGCAUUCAAGAAAUUCAUCGGAAGAUCCAACCGUACCAGAUUGAAUUGAUCCGACGGGACUACGUUGCCAAUGGAGGCUGGGAGACUUUCCUCGCCUACGAAGAUCCCACCCAGGACAUUCUAGUGGGCCUUCUACGUCUGCGCAAGUGCUCACCAGAAACCUUUAGACCCGAGUUACGGAUCUGCACUGAACCUAACUCCGAUCCCUUGUGUUCAGGUUUCGGAACACUGCUUAUGGAAGAGGCCGAACGGAUCGCCCGAGAAGAACAUGGUUCCCUGAAACUAGCAGUCAUUUCAGGUGUUGGUACCCGAGAUUACUACCGAAAAUUGGGCUACGAACUUGAAGGACCCUACAUGGUGAAGGCACUGUGA